AUGACUGAAAAGCUUAACUGUGACCCCGAUCUCUGUGAGAAGCUGAUCCCAAAAUGGGAGGUCGGUCGUCGCCGUGUCACUCUAGGGCCAGAAUACCUAGAAUUCUGUGCAAAGGCACAUUGUAAUCUCAACAAUAGCCCUGUCACCAAGAUAGCUGAAAAUGCAGUUCACAUGGCAGACGGAAUGUAUUCGAAUGUGAUGUCGCCCAAAGUCGGUUACUAA